AGGGAAAGGUUCCUGGGGGCUGUGAUUCCUCGUGAUUGGUUGCCCUGCGUUGUGACUGACAGGUCCCGUUCUCCGGCUCUCCACUAAGCUCCGGUUGUUGACACUCUCCAAAAAGUCCGCACGGCUCUCACGGAUAACGGAGACACUAUUAGACUCGUCCCGGGUCCAUCUGUUUCCUCUGCUGUCCGUCUCCAGGACGGAGACAACCCGUUUCACGGAAACAACUUGAGUACCAUCGUGGAUUUUCCUGUUUUUUUCCCCGACUUAGUGUGUCUUUAACUUUUCCUGCUCCCUGCAAGCUCGUGACGCCGUCUCGUUCCUCCCGUUGCUCUGCUCGGAGACCGAGAGACAUGGCAGAGAAGCGGCGGUCCCCGUGCGCUCUGAGCGUCAAGGCGCACGCAUUUUCGGUGGAGGCUCUGAUCGGAGCCGAAAAGAGACGCAGGAAGGCCGGGCAGGAUGCCGUGUCCGCCGAGUACGAGGACGGAACGGAUGUGCCCGAUCUAACCGGGAGCCCGGGGCCGCGGGCGGACAGAGCGUGCACCAGCGACCGGGGCAGCGAGGCGGAAUGCGCAAGUGACGGAUCCCAGAGCGAGGACGCGCUGCUCGGGAGCCCGCAGCCCGCGGCGGCACCGUGCGCGGCGCCGGUGACCGCGAGCGGAGAGGAGACCCGCGUGGACCUGCAAGGAUCAGACCUGUGGAAGCGGUUCCACGAGAUUGGCACGGAAAUGAUCAUUACCAAGGCUGGAAGGCGGAUGUUUCCCGCUAUGCGUGUGAAGAUCUCGGGCUUGGACCCCCAUCAGCAGUAUUACGUUGCCAUGGAUAUAAUCCCCGUGGACAACAAACGAUACAGGUACGUGUACCACAGCUCCAAGUGGAUGGUAGCGGGGAAUGCGGACUCGCCUGUGCCGCCCAGAGUGUACAUCCACCCGGACUCCCCGGCCUCAGGAGAGACGUGGAUGCGUCAGGUGGUCAGCUUCGACAAACUCAAACUGACCAACAACGAACUGGACGACCAGGGACAUAUCAUUCUGCACUCCAUGCACAAGUACCAGCCGCGGGUCCACGUGAUCCGUAAGGAGUGUGGAGAGGAGCUAUCCCCGGUGAGAGCCAUCCCCGCUGGGGAAGGCACCCGUACCUUCGGCUUCCCCGAGACCGUGUUCACCACCGUCACAGCCUAUCAGAAUCAACAGAUUACAAGGCUGAAAAUUGACCGAAACCCAUUCGCCAAAGGCUUCAGAGACUCUGGCAGAAACCGGAUGGGUCUGGAGGCUUUGGUGGAGUCUUACGCGUUCUGGCGUCCAUCUCUAAGGACACUCACAUUUGAGGACAUCCCUGGCAUCACCAAGCAAGGGAUCCCAGGAGUUCAUGGUGGGAUCGGACCAUCGUCCCACCUGCUCUCCACGUCCCCGUGCUCCUCACCGUUCCAGGUCUGCCCCCUCAGCCCGCCCGACUACACCUGCAGCCGACCCACACACCCCCUCCAUCGCUACAGCAACCCCCCGGAGCCGUUCCCCUCUCCCAGAGGUCCAUCGGCGUACGAAGGCGAAGGAUUCUGUUCUCUUCCUCUCCCCGCUUCUCAAUUUGGCUACCACGCGCCGCAGGGUUACGCUGGGCUCCGCCUCCACACACCGCCCUACAGCCUGUACGGUUACACAUUCCCCCCCUCGCCGCGCCUCGCGGCCAGCCCCGAUAAAAUGGCCGCCGCCGCCACUGCCAAUCACCAGAGUCCCUUCCUGGGCUCGUCUCCCAGUGGGACUCUAACGGACAGUCUGGGUGUACUCAGCGGAGGACAGCAGGGCUUCUUGUUUGACUCCCGGACUUUAGGACUCGCAGGUAGCCAGCCGGGAGGCGGGGCCUCACAGGUCACUGCCCACAUGGGCUGAACAUGACUCCAGACAUCUAGGGUUGUCACGAAAAACGAAACUGGCUCAGAACGUUGUACGAAUUAAUCAUCCGCGUGCUGAAAAAAGCAUCAGGCUGAACCAAAUACAGAGGAGUGACAGAUCAAGCCGUUGCCUCUGUGAGCAUAACAAGCUUGUCAAGGCUCUUUUAACUGAAGGGAAUAUUUUGUACGUUCGUAUCUUUAAAGCAUGUUCUCUAGGACACGCACAUGCAGCACCAGUGGUCACUGAAGGGAGGAACUACCUGCGGCUUUGGAUAAGGAGUCCAAAUGAUGUAACCAGCGACUAAACUGGAACUGAACGUGGACUGGGCAGAAUCUGGGCUGGCACAGGGACUCAAAGCGAGCACUUCAACCCCUCGCAGGAGGUCCUGAAGCAGGAACUGUUCUACUCACACAGCAUUCUACAUCACCACCUUGAUCUUGCCUCCUUUGGAUGGAGUUUCUGAACACUCCUUUUGAACUUGUUUUUAUGGGAUACAUCGACUAAAUUCCUUUCGUCAAUUCUUUGUAAUUACAUGUCUGGCGGUGAUCUCCAUCAAUUCUUUGGAAUAUGUAUUCCAUCUAAUAAUAUGCACUACAGACAGGGCCGUUUCACCACUCAGACUCUCAGAAAAAAACUCUUAUACACAACACCAGCAGCCUGUCACAUACUAGCACGAUGACAUCAUGGCCUUAGGAGACCACGGGAGAUAUCCCAGCGACAGUUACGGACUGAAGAGGUUAAAGGUGUGGGAGAAGGGUGGAUGUAGGACUGAUAUUCUACGUCUGGUUUGACAGAUGUUUCCUUGAUGCAGCUGUUUGGAUGGCGGGCUGGAGCACCUCUUGCCUUGUGGGCCACAGACGGAGCUGCACAUGACGACUCUGUAUAUAGCGAGGGGAAGGCGGGCGGGAGGAGAGAUGUGUGUGUGUGUGUGUGUGUGUGUGUAUAUAAAAGGCUGUGUGACCCUCCGCACUUAAAAACCCCAAUGCACCUGCUUCUGCUCUUUAGCCCGGGUCAGGUAUGCAACGGCCAACCCUGAACUUGACAAGCUCCAGAAGCUUUUCUCUGCAAACGCGCUAUAUCAGCACGCCCUUUGGCCGAGGACAUUAAUAUGUUCUGUGACCCUUUUUUUGAGCCAAAUAAAAAUCUGUGUAUUCACGUCACAAUGUUAAUAUGUAAUCAAUAUCUUACUAAUUUAACUGAUUUUGUUUUGUCUAUGAAGGCAAUUGUGAACAUACCACCUUUUUUUUUUUUUUAAGUGAAGCAAUUGCAAUGCUUACAAUAUAUUUCCCUUGUGAAAACAAAAAAG